AUGGGGGAGGCAAUUACUGAGGUUCAGGCCAUGGAAAUAGAGGCUGACGAGGAGUGCCCAGUGAGGCAAGUUGACCUUACCGUGCCGAAAACGGAUGAUCCCACCAUGCCCGUUUUGACGUUCAGAAUGUGGGUUCUUGGUCUCAGUACUUGUAUCAUUCUGUCUUUUGUAAACCAGUUUUUCUGGUACAGGACACAACCAAUGAGCGUUUCAUCUAUUGCUGCACAGAUUGCUGUGGUGCCAUUAGGGCAUUUAAUGGCUAAAAAACUGCCUACUCGUAAGUUCUUCGAAGGCACAAGUUGGGAGUUUACGUUGAAUCCAGGACCCUUUAAUAUUAAGGAGCAUGUGUUGAUUACGAUCUUUGCGAAUUCGGGUGCUGGAACCGUUUAUGCCACUCAUAUUCUCACCUCUGUUAAGAUAUAUUACCAGAGAGAACUUACUUUCAUUCCAGCCUUGUUUGUUAUGAUCACCACUCAGUUACUAGGAUUUGGUUGGGCUGGUCUUUUCCGGAGAUAUUUGGUAGAGCCAGGAGAGAUGUGGUGGCCAUCUAAUCUUGUUCAAGUCUCUUUGUUCAGAGCUCUACAUGAGAGAGAGAAAAGAUCGAAAGGCAGUACAACUCGUACCCAGUUCUUCCUUCUAGUCAUGAUAUGCAGUUUUGCAUACUAUGUCUUGCCUGGCUAUCUUUUCACUAUGUUAACAUCUUUCUCUUGGGUCUGUUGGCUCGGUUCCAAGUCUGUUCUGGUUCAGCAACUAGGUUCAGGCUUGCAAGGACUUGGAAUAGGUGCUGUAGGAUUCGACUGGGCUACAAUUUCAUCUUAUCUCGGAAGUCCGCUAGCCAGUCCUUGGUUUGCUACUGCCAAUGUUGCUAUUGGAUUUUUCCUCACAAUGUAUUUGAUGACGCCCCUCUGUUACUGGCUCGAUAUCUACAAUGCCAAGACCUUCCCAAUAUAUUCCAACGAGCUUUUUACAGGAAAGGGCGAGGAGUACAACAUCCUUAAGAUUAUCGAUCCAAAGUUUCAUCUCGAUAGAGAAGCUUAUGGAAAGUUUGGGCCAGUGCAUCUGAGCACCUUCUUUGCUAUGACUUAUGGCCUUGGAUUUGCCACACUGUCUGCUACCGUUAUGCAUGUCCUGCUCUUUAAUGGAAGUGACCUAUGGAAGCAAAGCAAAAGGGCCUUCGGGGGCAGAAGGAAAAUUGACAUACAUGCAAGGCUAAUGAAGAAAUACCAAUCAGUUCCCACUUGGUGGUUUUACAUCAUCCUUGUCCCAAACAUUGCUGCUAUAAUCUUUGCUUGUGAGUAUUACAAUGAAUCACUUCAAUUGCCUUGGUGGGGUGUUUUGCUAGCUUGUGCCAUCGCAGUUUUCUUCACCCUGCCAAUCGGUAUCAUCAGUGCCACCACAAACCAGCAACCAGGUCUGAACAUUAUUACAGAAUACAUCAUAGGGUACAUGUACCCGGAGCGGCCGGUUGCUAAUAUGUGCUUCAAGGUGUAUGGAUAUAUAAGCAUGACUCAAGCUCUGACGUUUGUAGCAGACUUUAAGCUAGGCCACUACAUGAAAAUUCCACCUAGAUCAAUGUUCAUGGCACAGGUGGUAGGAACAAUUUUGUCUGUACUUGUAUACCUAGUAACUGCCUGGUGGAUGAUGGAUGCCAUUCCCAAUCUUUGUAGUCCAGACAACGGCCCGUGGAAAUGCCCGAUGGACAGGGUGUUUUUUGAUGCUUCCGUCAUAUGGGGGCUGGUCGGACCACGCAGAAUCUUUGGCAACCUCGGUGAAUAUGGAGGCGUCAAUUGGUUCUUUUUUGGUGGGGCUGUAGCCCCUCUCAUAGUCUGGCUUUUUCACAAGGCAUUCCCGAGCAAGAAAUGGAUCAGCCUCGUUCACAUGCCAGUCCUGUUAGGUGCCACGGCAAUGAUGCCUCCAGCUUCUGCUGUGAACUACACCAGUUGGAUUAUUGUUGGAUUCCUCUCUGGAUAUGUUCUUUUCCGAUAUCGAACGGAAUGGUGGAAACGUUAUAAUUAUGUCCUCUCUGGUGGUCUUGAUGCCGGGACAGCUUUUAUGACUCUCUUGAUCUUUUUUCUCUCGGAUACUGGAAUGUUGGCCUCUCAUGGUGGGGAAGCAAUCCGGACAACCCAGAAGGAUGCCCCUUGGCUAGCUGUCCAACUGCCAAAGGGAUCGUUAUAG